AUGGUCGAAGUUUUCUACAAUGGAAUUAUCGAGUCGGCAUCGGAUUUCGAGAAAACCGGCUUCUGUGUGCGCUGGAAAUUGCAUAUUGGCGGCGGUUGGCGAGUGAUCGAAGGUGCACAAGAAGGCCAAACACAAACCGAUCUAGCGAAAAGCCUUCAGAAAGCCUAUUUCCUGCAUCCAAUCGACAUUCAUUUGGCCACAAGAACUCUUCAAGAUUGGCCCAAAUUAAUGCUAGAAGUUUGGCACUGUGAUGAGUACGGAAGGCAAGAGAUUUAUGGAUACGGAUCGAUAUUUCUCCCGUCAUUGCCCGGUCAUCAAGAGCUUGAGUGCCAUAUUUGGAGGCCAAAGGGAACAUUGCGCGAAGAACUUAUGCAAAAGUUUAUUGGCGGUGGGCUACAGCUAACCGAAAGCCUUGGUCAAAUGAAGAGCUUCGAGGUGGCGAAAUUCGAUGGGAAAUCAGCGGGCAUAAUCAAGCUACAAAUGAACACGAUCACCCGGAAUUUCGAUCGUUUCGGGAUUGUGGCU